UUUUUUCAGGCGAUCUUGAUGCAAAUAAGAUGGCGGAAUUAGAAUGGCUGUCGUGCAGUCAUAGAUAUCAAAACAUAAUCGCAUACGUGUAAUGGCGGCAAGUAGGAAUUCGAAGAAAAGAGAUCAGCUGAUCCAUCCCGGGGGAAGUGACAGCGACGGUUCAUCCUCACUUGGCUGUGUGGUAACGAUUGCCAUUUAAUUUACGACUGACACAUGUUAUAUUGAAGCAGUCUUAAUAGAUAAUAAAGAAUUCUAUUGCUGCACCAUGGAAUGUCUAAAAGAAAUGAGAAAUUCAGUGGACUUCUUAAAUAUAUCAGUCAGUGUCCUGGUACCCUUUUCUGUUAGGAUGACUGUUAAUUGUUCUUGUAAAUGCAAAACAUAUAAUGCUUGGUGAAUCUGAAGUUCAAGAUCCAUUUUAAAUGAAGCUUAUGGACAGCUACAGGAUUUCAUAAAAUGAAGAAUUCAAAGGCCAGUAAUACAGGAGACCGUUGGAAGAUUUAUGGAUUUAAGGUUGGAUGAACGCAAGUUCGAAAAGCUCCACUUACGUCAUGACAGGGCCACUGUCCUAUAGACGAUAAGACAUGCAACUCAAACGCAGCCAAGUAAAAACAGAGGUUAUACAUUUGGUAGCGGUGGCUGUCAGCCUACUGCUACUCCAAGUAAAGGCUGACUACCCAGCACCGACCACAAAAGCUGCCUAUAAGCCUUCUGUGAAAUAUGCCGGGCCUAUAGUCUACUCCGAUGAGAAACCACCUGUCAUCCACUUCCCACCUCCACCAAGACCAACGGCUGGUGGGUAUGGAAGUGGUAAAGGUAGUGGGAAGGCACAGCCAGUCAAGUAUGUCCCUUUGCCACACCACGAACUUCCAGUUCUCAUUUAUCAAUCUGACAGUUCUCCACCAGUGCAUGUAGUCCACACUCCAAAGCCAGCUAUCAAAGCUCCUAUCAAAGCACCUGCUCCAUCUUAUGGACCUCCAAAGGCUACUAUUAAAGCUCCAGCACCUUCUUACGGUCCACCAAAGGCCCCAACGCCAACUUAUGGUCCCCCAAAACUUCCCCCUCCUCCAUCAUAUGGACCUCCUCCCAAAGCUCAAGUGCCAUCAUUUGGACUCCCGAAGGCUAAAGCUCCAAAAGCACAAAAGGCUCCAAGGCCAAGCUAUGGACCUCCUCCAAAAGCUCCUCCUCCUUCAUAUGGCCCUCCACCUAAGGCCCCUCCCCCUUCCUAUGGUCCCCCACCUAAAGCCCCACCACCUUCAUAUGGUCCUCCACCUACAGCUCCAAGCCCCCAGUAUGGUGCCCCAGCAAAUACUGGCCCCAUUUACAUCAAGGCUCCUCCAGCUCCUGCUCCAGUCCUGGUACCAGCUCCUGAACCCCAGUAUGCCGCACCAGCUGCUCCAGCACCCAGCUAUGGGCCACCACCCAAGGCUCAACCAGCUCCUACUUAUGGACCUCCACCAAAAGCACCUCCUCCCUCAUAUGGACCCUCACCUAAGGCCCCUCCCCCGAGCUAUGGGCCACCCCCUAAAGCACCAGCACCUAGUUAUGGUGCUCCUCCUAAGGCUAAGGCCCCCAAGGCCAAGGCUCCUACCAAAGGCCCUACUUAUGCACCACCUCCCCCAACUUAUGGCCCCCCUAAGCCUGCCCCAACAAAAAGUACUCCAGCUCCACACAUCAUUUAUGCUGGUCAUCCCCCAAUUCAUGUUUACCAACAACCACCUGUACACCAGGUUACCAAGGCCCCUAAAGCUCAGUAUGCUGCCCCUGCUGCUCCUAAACCUAGCUAUGGUCUCCCCCCUAAAGCUGCUGCACCCACUUUUGGACCACCUAAAGCUAAGGGACCCAGUUUUAGCCCACCACCUAAAGCUCCAAGGCCAAGCUAUGGACCACCUCCCAAAGCUCCUGCGCCUUCAUAUGGACCUCCACCGAAGGCUCCUGCGCCUUCAUAUGGACCUCCACCGAAGGCUCCUGCGCCUUCAUAUGGACCUCCUCCAAAGGCUCCUGCACCUUCCUAUGGACCUCCACCAAAGGCUCCUACACCUUCUUAUGGACCCCCUCCAAAGGCUCCUGCUCCUUCUUAUGGACCUCCUCCAAAGGCUCCUACACCUUCUUAUGGACCUCCUCCAAAGGCUCCAGCUCCUUCUUAUGGACCUCCUCCAAAGGCUGUUGCACCUUCCAAAGCUCCUGCAGCAACUUAUGGUGCCCCUCCAAAAGCACCACCUCCAACAUAUGGUCCUCCUAAGGCUCCAGCUCCUUCAUAUGGUCCACCACCAAAGGCCCCACCUCCAUCUUAUGGCCCACCACCACAACCUCCAAGACCAUCAUAUGGACCUCCUCCUAAGGCCCCUAAGGGAUCAUUUGGACCACCUCCCAAGGCUCCAAAGGGCUCAUAUGGACCUCCUCCUAAGGCACCCAAAGGGACAUAUGGACCACCUCCCAAGGCUCCAAAGGGUUCAUAUGGACCCCCUCCCAAGCUCCCUAAGCCAUCAUUUGGACUUUCCUCAAAGGCUCCCAAAGCACCAAAAGCACCUACCACUUAUGGUCCCCCAAAAGCUGCCACUAAACCAGCUCCCGUAUACCUUCCAGCACCCAAAGCUUAUCACAAGCCACCCAUUAUCAUCUACCAAGGUGUAAGACCACCAGUGCAUGUUUACCAACAGCCAGGUAAAGCUGCUGCUCCUACAGCCCCAGCUGCAGCUCCCUCUGGAGCGUACGGGGCACCUGUUCCUCCAAGUGCUGCUUAUGGAGAUCCUAAAGGUGAAGAUAUCAUCAAAGGAAAAGGUGGGGGAGGAGGAGGAGGAGGAGGAGGAGGAGGAGGAGGAGGAAUAGUUGGAGGUGACUUCUACUCUCCAGCUAGUAUUCAUGUUCCUGAGGUAGUUGUAGCCAAACCAGCUGCCCCAUCCACCUCCAGUUAUGCUGCCAAAGAAGAUACUGGUGUCUUGGAUGACUGGACACCAUCCAACGGUUACUCAGCCUAUGGCGAUGCUUCACUUACCCAAAACAUCAGUCAAAGAAGUCCUGGGAAAGCAGAAGAGCGAGUUGAAACCAAUGUCUCCUCAGAUGUCAGUGAAGCAAAGGUUUCAGCAAAGGUAUCUGUCAGUGAAGCAGAGUGAAAAUCAUAAAGAUUUCCACAGAUAAUGCUCAGUUAAGUGUUUCGUUACUGAAUAAGCAUAAGACUACUCAAGCUGUGCUAGUGGAGUGCUCAGAAUUUUUCAUCAUACUUAAACUGUUCUGAUAAUGAAAUCUUUAAUAGAUUACUACAAAAUUAUCUUCAUAUUAGAACUGAGCAUUAUUCAUAUUGCAUGAAUGGUGAAGUAAUGCAGUCAUUAAUUUAUUAUACCUGUGCUCAGCAAGGGCAUCAUCAGCUUCUUUCAGUGUGAGUGUAGUGUAAGUGAGCAGAAUGAGUGAUCCUGGUAAAUUUUGUUUUUGUAGCAUCCCUUUCUGGAUGAUCUAAAAUUGCAAAUGGUUCAUGAGCAGUAUUAACUGGUGGCCUUUUGAACCUGAAAAUUUGAAUGCAUAUGGUGCAGAAAUCAGUUGUUUCAUCUCUGUCUCUGUUUUGACAGCAUAUGAUGAUUCUGCAGUGAGUGCAAGUUAGUAAAUUUUCCGUACAAAUAUUUCUGAGCAUGUCUUUUUUUUUUUUUUCUAAGUCAUUGCUUAAUGUCUUUAGUACCGUUUUUGGUAUUAUUAUUUAUUCAGUGAAUGUCUGCUUGUUGUUUCCAUCCUGGCUAUGAUGAUAUGAUAGGCUUUUAUGUCCUGCAGCUGGAUAUUCAUGUGGAUGACACUUUUUAUUUAUUGCAUAACACCUAAGGCUGUAUCUUCAUUUUCUGAAUUAGAUUAUACGUACAAGAGUUGCUCAUCGUCAUUUGUCAUUUGGAGUUUCCAUUUUGUCACUUGUUAUAUGCUUAUUUAUUCAUUGUUUCAUAGCUUCUCAUCCUGACAUUCACUCCAUAUUUACAUGGUCUACUACACUAACAGUCAAUCCACAUUUACAUUGCUUUUCACUCUCUCCAAAGGCUAUCAUGAUGUUUAGCGUAGCGAUAUUAGAUUUUUUUUAUAGUAAUGUUAAAGAAGAUUAGUGUUUAUCUCUGAGUGCCCGGGUUUGCCAUAGUGUUACCUGUACCGUCAGUAUUUUUCCAGCUGCAGGACUCCCCCUGCAGGCAUGACAGGACUAGGCGAACUGAAAACUCUAGCUGCAAGUUUGAAUCGUCGUUCAUUCCACGGACAUUACCCACCAAGAUUCGUUUCUUCCCAUAUCUAUGAAAUUCUUACACUUUUCCUAUGUUGUUAAAUCUCUCUCUCUCUCUCUCUCUCUCUCUCUCUCUCUCUCUCUCUCUCUCUCUCUCUCUGCUCUGUGUGUGUGUGUAAGAAGGCAGGGAGAAUGAAAGGGAAUUUGAGAGUGAAAGGGAUUCAGAGCAGACGGAUAUUAGGGAAUGUGAUUUCAUUACUCUGAUUCAGUGUGAGUAGUGAAAUUUGCGCACAACUGCAGCUUUCCUGAAGCCUUGUCCAGCCAGGUCCUGUUAGUAUUCCUUCAAGUCCCUCGGGAUGUCUGUAGGCCACUUUCUGGGCCGUGUUUUUUUUUUUUUUCCAUGUACUAUAAGGAGUCUUUUUAUGCCUGAAGCAGGUAUCCAUUUUGUAAUAUUUAUAUGACCUUAGUGACUAAUAAACGUUUCUUAAAUUAUGAA